AUGCGCGUCCUCAGUCUGUUCACCGUCUUGUUGGCCUCCGCGUCAGCCGUCUUGGCAGGACCCCAGGCGGAAGUCACCAAGAAGGUCGUCCUGUCCAUCGCCCAGGGCGGCCAACCGUUGGGGGAUGUCACGAUUGGACUUUACGGAAAAGAGACUCCAAAGACAGCCGAGAACUUCCGUGCACUUUGCACUGGAGAGUUUGGUUAUGGUUUCAAGGGAAGUCCAUUCCACCGUGUCAUCAAGGACUUUAUGAUCCAGGGUGGAGACUUCACCACAGGGGACGGCAACGGAGGCUACUCCAUCUACGGAGAAACCUUUCCCGAUGAGAACUUCAACCUAAACUUCACCGAGCCCGGAAUUGUCGCCAUGGCCAACGCCGGCCCGGACACGAACGGCAGCCAGUUCUUCAUCACAACCAUCAUUACCAAGUGGUUAAACCAGCACUACGUUAUCUUCGGCUACGUUUUAGAAGGAAUGGACAUUGUGUACAAGAUCGGAAACACGACCACCAACGCAGACGACCGUCCCCUUUCGGAAGUCAUUGUGACAAACUGCGCGGAAGUCAAAAAACAAUGCAAGAAGUCCCGCCACUAG